GGGAGCGGGGCAGGAGGCCUGCAAUCAGUCAGUACCUUGGGCUUCCGGUUUCACAUCGCAAAGCCUUGAACAGAAACGGCCAACUUCUCUUUUUUUUUUUUUGUUUUUGUUUUUUUGUCUCGUGGGGUCGAGCCUCACGACAGGCGCUGGCGGAGAGCUGAGGAGCGGGGCAGGUGCUGCCCCCGCCGCGAUCCCACCGGCUGCCCCGCUCCGCGGCUGGGCACUCACCGGCUCUUGCAGGGAUUUCCUUGAAGUUUCUGUGAGGAAGGCUUGGACCGGGCUGCGGCGGCUGCGAGGAGCCUCUGGGACGCUCCUGUCAGCGCCCCCGCGGCCCGCCACCUUCUCCGCCCUCCUCGGCUUGGCUCGGCUCGGCUCGGGGCUGCCGUGCUUCUGAAUUUCAGGUUUUGGUGAUCCAGCAUGGGGAACCAUGUAGGAAAACGAGAACAUAAUGCUGACAAGUCAACCAAGAGUGCUGAAACCAAGGUGGAGGAAUCAGCUAAAGAGAGUCCAAAAACAGCCAGACUAACACAACAGUCUUCAGAGGAUAAUGAAGUAUUUGGAGAGGCAGAUGUGAACCAGAACAAUGGGACCUCCACGAAGAACCCAGCGGUGACAGACUCCAAAGGCACAGCAGACCCAAAGAAUGCCUGGCCUGAGGCCAACCCAGCUGACACGACUGGUCGCCCCCACUUGAUCCGCCUCUUUUCCCGAGAUGCCCCAGGAAGAGAAGACAACACCUUCAAAGAUCGGCCCUCAGAGUCAGACGAGCUACAGACCAUCCAAGAAGACAGUGCAGCAGCUUCAGAGAAUUCGGAUUUGAUGGCUUCACAAAAACGCUCCUCUUUCCGGCACGGAUCAAAAAUGGCAUCUGCAAGCACUAUAGACCAUGCUAGACAUGGAUCUCCAAGGCACAGAGACUCGGGUCUACUUGACUCGCUGGGCAGAUUCUUUGGAGGUGAAAGACACGUUCCCCGGCGGGGCUCGGGCAAGGAUAUACAUGCAGCCAGGGUCCACCACGUCGGGUCCAUCCCCCAGAGAUCUCAGCAUGGCCGGCCUGUUGAUGACAACCCUGUAGUCCACUUCUUCAAGAACAUUGUCUCACCCCGUACACCUCCCCCAAUGCAAGCAAAGGGAAGAGGAUUAUCCCUCACCAGAUUUAGCUGGGGUGGUGAAGGACACAAGCCAGGAUAUGGAAGCGGAAAAUUCUAUGAGCAUAAAUCUGCUCACAAGGGACAUAAGGGAUCCUAUCAUGAGGGCCAGGGCACUCUUUCCAGAAUCUUUAAACUGGGAGGCUCUGGGUCCCGACCUGGAUCGCGGUCUGGUUCACCAAUUGCUAGGCGCUGAAGCUCUAAGAUGCCAUUCAAGGAUCCUGUACUCUGCUUCAUAGUAUAACUGCCUUAAAAUUAAUAACACCUGCCACAAUUACCUAGAUAGAUGCAAUCUGUUACUUAAUGCCAAUUAGGUUCUGCAUGCAGUACAUUAUACAAACUUCUAUUGGCAAUCCCUGACCAACAGCUGAAUGAAAGGAACGUAAAAAGUAGCUCUAUUAGAUGUUUUCCUUAUUUUAUGUGAAGUAACAAGAUCUCUGACUUUACUUGUUCUUCUUCAGGAUGCCCUAACUGUAUGCUGGACUCUAUUAUUUCUCCCAAGCACCUAAUUUGAGCUCAACUCUUCUGGUUUCGUUUUAGUGAACAUCAGAAUUACAAAUAAAGAGUUAUAAUGUCUUGGACACUGAGCACUGCUGUUAAUGAAUUUCUGAGACACUGCUGUUAAAAAAACCCAACAUGUGCAGAAGUUGCAAGGACUGUUUAUCCAAAUAGUUUUUUUGAUUUUUUUUUGUUUUGUUUUUUAUUUUGUUUUAAUCUUCCUUCUCUCACUCACAGAAUAAUUUAUUUUCAUAACAGGAUUAGGCAGUCAUGGAAAGGUUUACCAAACACUGGGAGUUCAAGGUAUGUGAAAUGUGGGAGGGGGCAGAUGUUGUAGAAUCAAUAUGGUGCAGAGCAAUAGCAAUAAGGAAAUUCUUUCCGUGCCAUGAAUUGCUCAUCGCAUCCAAACCAUUAGAAUUAAGAGUAGAUGAGGGAGAGAAAGAGGAUUUCAAAUUUGAGUUAGACUAAUGUUAUGAAACAAGGGAUAUUCCCAGAGAAACAUCUAAGAUUGCACAAGUGACCACUGGAUGUCACCGGUGCUUCACAUAAACUCUGCUGCAACAGCAUUGAUUUUGCAGUACAGUAAAUGAGUAAAUAAACAUAUAAACAAAAAAGUCUAAUUUCUGAAAGAAAGCCCUUCAGUACUGGUAUCUCAGGUAGUCCUGCACAUCUCAUGUUAGAAUUUCAAGUCUUUCUGUUGGUAUUGCAGCAGUGUUGUAUUUGAUCAGCUCAUCUUUUGCCUGAGUAACACCUGGAUGCCUAUUAAGGGCAGUGCACCAAAGCAAACUCAUAGUAAACUACUGUGAACAUUUAACUGUUGUACUGUAGUUGCCUCAUAGAAAUAAACUGUAGCUCAGUUAGAUUUUAGAUAUUAAUUGUUCACGAAUUACUAAAAUGAAUGUGUGGCGAUUGUAUUUCCAACCACACUUAGGGAAAUAAAAGGCUCUUCUGAAUUGCACUGUUUUAUUACUUAAACUGACCAUUUCUUCAAGCUGUCAUCUAAGUGUCUGAUUAAUUAUUUUAUUUUUUUAGUUUUAGCCUAUGCAUUGUAGACUACAGUUAGUGCUUUGUAGGUUGAAACUGCAUUCCUAAUAAGUGCCCAGUGAAAGUUACCUAUAAAUAUUUAUGUAAUUGCAUUUCACAUCUAAAUCUAUUGUAGGUUUAAAUCAGUGUCCAUUAAUAUGAAGCAAUGGAAGAUGAAAUGAUAGAAAAUACAUAGAAACUAAAGAAAACAAAACUGCCAAAAUCAUUAAGCAUACAAACAAGUAUUACAUCUUCUAUUACCUACACUGGUUGCUAUGUGUAUUUUUCUAUUGUAGCUUCAUUCAGAUGUAUACUCUGCAACGUAGUAGUUGAUUUAAUUUGAAUACAUAUUGUUCUUAUAGGAACACAGCUCUUAAAUAUAUUCAUUAUUGAAAUAAAGUAAUCAACUUGAAA